AAGCUGCACCAAAUACACCCGAGUUUGAGAUUUCCCUUCCUCCAAGUAUCUUCCAAACGGCAUUUAGAUUUCACCAAAUUUGAGGUAAACUAUAAUGUCUCGGAGGUAUGAUAGCCAUACAACAAUCUUUUCCCCUGAAGGUCAUCUUUACCCAGUUGAGUAUGCAGUGGAGGCCAUUGGAAAUGCUGGCUCUGCUAUUAGAAUUUUAUCAAAGGAUGGUGUUGUCUUGGUUGGUGAAAAGAAAGUUACUUCCAAACUCCUUCAAACCUCUACUUCCAUUGAGAAGAUGUACAAGAUUGAUGACCAUGUUGCUUGUGCUGUGGCGGGGAUAAUGUCUGAUGCAAACAUCCUCAUCAACACUGCCAGGGUCCAGGCACAGCGCUACACCUAUGCAUACCAGGAGCUGAUGCCUAUUGAGCAGCUGGUUCAAUCUCUUUGUGACACAAAGCAAGGCUACACACAAUUUGGUGUCUCCGCCCCUUUUGUGUUUCAUUUCUGUUUGCAAGAUGGGACAAAAACUAUGGUUUCCAACUUUACAUGAGUGAUCCUAAUGGUAACUAUGGUGGAUGGAAAGCUGCAGCUAUUGGUGCCAACAACCAAGCAGCACAAUCAAUGCUGAAGCAAGAUUAUGAGGAUGAUAUCCCAAAGGAGGAGGCUGUCCAGCUUGCACUGAGGGUUCUCAGUAAAACCAUGGACAGCAC